AACACUAUAUACUAACAUGGCGUCCUCCAUUUCCUUCCCUUCCACUUUACCUUCUCUCCGCUACAAAUUUCCAUUCCCUUCAUUUCCAAUCUCACUCCCUUGCCAAUGCCCCAACAGCACCUCUGCCUAUGCGCUACUCCCUCUCCGCUUUGCUGCUAAGUCCCAGGCGGGUGGACCUGUCGAGAAACCAAGGAAUAAGAAGAUGAGGAAGGGAAAAAGCGAUGAUGCUUUGAAUGUGCUGAGAGUGAGGGAUGUUGAGAUUGUGGGGGCAAAUGAUGAUGUUCACCAAGGGUUAGCUUCCACUUCUUCUACUACUAGUACCAUGCGUUCUUUAGCUUAUCAUCCUCAAUCUCUUCCCAAACCGCCAGCUGGGUUUGCGGUUGACAACGCUGGCAAGAUUCUCAAGGUCUCAAACAAGAGAAUUGACAUCAUUGUUGAUUCUGUCAAUAACAACCCUUUAGAGUGUGUUAUAAGGAGGGUAUUCAAAAGUUCUCGAGGGGAUGAAUGUAUGCUGCUCUGCCCAGUUGACAUGCCUGUUCAGAUACUAAAGAGCACAAAUAUUGAUGGAUGGUCAGCUGUCAGUGAUGAAGAGGUUGAGGCUAUUCUUCCUACAGCUGCAUAUGCUCUUGCGAAGAUACAUAUGCAUCUGGUUCAUAGUGGAUUUUGUUAUACGGCUCGUGGGGGAUUCUGCUACUCGGAAGAUAACAUAUUUGAUUUCCGCACAGAUGAUGAUCAAGAUAUAGAUGACUUGCCAGCUGAAGGCAUAGAAGUUACAUGCUUCCAUCUGGAUGGAACACAUUAUAUGAUUUAUACACCAUCUGAUCCACUUCUAUUUGUUGCUGUCAAGGAUCAGAAUGGAAUGCUGCAAAUUGCUGAUGAUGAUCUCCUGGACGACCCUGCUAUCACGAGUGCCAUUGAUGAGGAAACCGAGUUUAAUGCCUUAGUGGAGGAAGAGGCUGCUCAUCUUGAAUCAUUGUUAGGUGAAAGAUGACUAGUUUCUUCACGUUAUUUCUUUAGUUGCCCUAUAUAUAUGAAUUGUUAUUUUCUAUCCGUAUCCACUCCAAGGAUA